AUGGCCCCACGCCCCGAUGAGAGCCAGAACCUGGCUCUUGAGCUUCAGGAUGGCUACGUCUGCUUCGGCAGGAGCUUUGGUGCGGAGAAGAGCAUUGCGGGAGAAGUAGUCUUCCAGACAGGUAUGGUCGGUUAUCCCGAGUCGAUAACUGAUCCCUCGUACCGCGGCCAGAUUCUGGUCAUCACAUUCCCUCUGGUGGGCAACUACGGUGUGCCCUCGCGUGAGGACCUUGAUGCGCUCGCUCAGGACAUCCCUGCGCACUUCGAGGCCAAAGAGAUUCACAUUGCUGGUCUGGUCGUCCAGACUUAUGCUGAAGAGGAAUUCUCGCAUUACAUGGCCACCUCUUCGCUGGGCGCUUGGCUCAAGGAGCAGGGCGUGCCUGCCAUUACUGGCGUUGAUACCCGUGCUUUGACGAAGCGCAUCCGCGAGGAAGGAAGUAUGCUUGCUCGCUUGAGACAGCGAACAGGGCCUUCGCCCGUUUCAACAGCCCUCACCAACGGCGCGGUCGACACUGCGGCGCUUGCUGAGGAAGAGGUUGAAGAUUGGAGCGUCGCCUUUGAGGAGAUCGAAUGGGUGGACCCCAACACGAAAAACCUGGUCGCUGAAGUCUCUAUCAAGGAGCCUAGACUCUACUCGCCCGAUCCGUCUACAGCCUUGAAGCACCCCUCCGGCCGUCCUGUUCGUGUUGUCACUGUUGAUGUCGGCCUCAAAUACAACCAGCUGAGAUGCUUCCUUCGCCGAGGUGUCGAGGUUUUGCAAGUGCCCUGGGACUACGACUUCCCCCAGCUUGCCGGCAAAGACUACGAUGGUCUCUUCAUCUCCAACGGCCCUGGUGACCCAGCCAAGAUGGAGGCUACCGUCAAGCACAUCAAGGCUGCUAUGGAUGAGGCACGGACACCCAUCUUCGGUAUCUGUCUUGGUCAUCAGCUUCUCGCACGCGCGUCUGGCGCCCAGACGCUCAAGAUGAAGUUCGGUAACCGCGGCCACAACAUCCCUUGCACAAGCAUGAUCACCGGAAAGUGCCACAUCACAUCUCAGAACCACGGUUACGCGGUAGACACCAAGACUCUCUCUGACGGCUGGGAGGAGCUUUUCGUCAACGCCAACGAUGGUAGCAACGAGGGUAUCCGCCACGUACGCCGACCAUACUUCAGUGUGCAAUUCCACCCGGAGCACACCCCCGGUCCUCGCGAUACCGAGUACCUCUUUGAUGUCUUCAUUAGCACGAUCCAGAAAUCGAUCGCGUCUGCUGAGGCUAUGAGCCAGCCCGUGGAGUUCCCCGGUGGCACACUCGAGGAGAACAAGAAGUUGACACCCCGUGUCGAGGUCAAGAAGGUGCUUGUCCUUGGUAGUGGUGGUCUCAGCAUUGGCCAGGCUGGAGAGUUCGAUUACUCUGGAAGUCAGUGCAUCAAGGCUCUGAAGGAAGAGGGCAUCUACACUAUCCUCAUCAACCCCAACAUUGCCACAAUUCAAACCUCGAAGGGUCUCGCCGACAAGGUGUAUUUCCUCCCCGUCAACGCCGACUUCGUCCGCAAGGUCAUUCAGAAGGAGCGCCCCGACGGUAUCUACGUCACUUUCGGUGGCCAGACCGCCCUCCAGGUUGGUAUCCAGCUCAAGGAUGAGUUCGAGGGUCUUGGCGUCAAGGUGCUGGGAACACCCAUUGACACCAUCAUCACAACCGAAGACCGAGAGCUGUUCGCUCGUGCCAUGGACUCGAUUGGCGAGAAGUGCGCUAAGUCCGCGUCUGCGAGCACCACCGAGGAGGCUAUGCGUGUUGUUAAGGACAUCGGUUUCCCUGUCAUCGUCCGCGCUGCCUAUGCUCUUGGUGGACUCGGCAGUGGUUUUGCCGACAACGACGAAGAGCUGCUCGAACUCUGCAACAAGGCCUUCGCUGCCAGCCCCCAAAUUCUCAUCGAGCGUAGUAUGAAGGGUUGGAAGGAGAUCGAGUACGAAGUCGUCCGUGAUUGCCGCGACAACUGUAUCACCGUCUGCAACAUGGAGAACUUCGAUCCCCUUGGUAUCCACACUGGAGAUUCGAUUGUCGUUGCUCCUUCCCAGACACUGUCUGACGAAGACUACAACAUGCUGCGUACUACAGCUGUCAACGUCAUCCGUCACCUUGGCGUUGUUGGAGAGUGCAACAUUCAGUAUGCGCUGAACCCGUUCUCCAAGGAGUACUGCAUUAUCGAGGUCAACGCUCGUUUGUCGCGUUCGUCUGCGCUGGCCUCUAAGGCUACUGGUUAUCCUCUCGCUUUCGUCGCUGCCAAGCUAGGCCUCAACAUCCCCUUGAACGAGGUUCAGAACUCGGUCACACGUUCGACCUGCGCCUGCUUUGAGCCUUCGCUUGAUUAUGUCGUUGUCAAGAUUCCUCGCUGGGACCUGAAGAAGUUCACUCGUGUUUCCACACUCCUCGGCUCUUCCAUGAAGAGUGUUGGUGAGGUCAUGGCUAUUGGCCGAACCUUCGAAGAAGCCAUCCAGAAGGCUAUUCGUGAGGUUGAUCCCAGCAACAUGGGGUUCAACGAGACCGCCGCGCUCAUGUCGAUCGACCAGGAGCUCCAGACACCCUCUGACCAGCGUUUGUUCGCUAUUGCCAACGCUAUGAAGUCGGGAUACACUGUCGACAAAGUCUGGGAGCUGACAAACAUCGACAAAUGGUUCCUUAGCCGUCUCAAGUCGCUCAGCAACUUCGAGAUCUCUAUGCAGAACUAUGACACCGCGAGUAUCACCCUACCUCAACUCAAGAGGGCGAAGGAACUUGGUUUCUCCGAUCGCCAGCUGGCCAAGUUCUGGGGCUCGAACGAGCUUGCUGUCCGUCGCAUGCGUGUUGACUACAACCUCUACCCGGUUGUCAAGCAAAUCGAUACUGUUGCUGCUGAGUUCCCCGCUCACACCAACUACCUCUACCUGACAUACAAUGGCACUGAGAGCGAUAUCGCAUUCAACGACAAGGGUGUGAUGGUUCUCGGUUCCGGUGUUUACCGCAUUGGUUCUUCAGUCGAGUUUGAUUGGUGUUCCGUUCGUGCUAUCCGCACUCUACGCGAGAACAACUUCAAGACGAUCAUGAUCAACUACAACCCGGAGACCGUCUCCACCGAUUACGAUGAGGCUGAUCGUCUCUACUUUGAGAACAUUUCUCUUGAGACUGUCCUUGACAUCUACACCUUGGAGAGUUCCAGCGGUGUUGUCAUCUCAGUAGGAGGUCAGACUCCCAACAACAUUGCCUUGCCACUCCACCGCAGCGGUGUUAAGAUCCUCGGUACCUCUCCCGAGAUGAUUGACACUGCCGAGAACCGGUUCAAAUUCAGCAGAAUGCUUGACCGCAUCAACGUCGAUCAGCCUGCGUGGAAGGAACUCACGAGCAUUGAGGAGGCCAAGGAGUUCUGCGACCGUGUAUCGUAUCCUGUUCUCGUGCGCCCCUCGUAUGUCCUGUCUGGCGCCGCCAUGAACACCGUGUACUCUGAGCACGAUCUGGCCAACUACCUCAACCAGGCCGCCGAUGUGUCCAAGGACCACCCGGUUGUCAUCACCAAGUACAUCGAGAACGCCAAGGAAAUCGAGAUGGACGCCGUCGCUCGCAACGGUACCAUGAUUGGCCACUUCAUCUCAGAGCACGUUGAGAAUGCUGGUGUUCACUCUGGUGAUGCCACCCUUGUUCUGCCGCCUCAGGAUCUGUCUCCCGAGACGAUUCGCCAGAUCGAAGAAGCCACUCGCAAGAUCGGCCAAGCUUUGAACAUCACUGGUCCAUACAACAUCCAGUUCAUUGCCAAGGACGACGAGAUCAAGGUCAUCGAGUGCAACGUCCGCGCUUCGCGAUCCACUCCUUUCGUCUCCAAGGUUAUGGGUGUUGAUCUUAUCGAGAUGGCUACUAAAGCCAUGGCUGGCUUGCCAGUUACCGAGUACCCCGCCACCAACAUCCCCAAGGACUACGUUGGUGUUAAGGUACCUCAGUUCUCGUUCUCUCGUCUCGCUGGUGCCGACCCUGUUCUUGGUGUUGAAAUGGCUUCCACGGGAGAGGUGGCCUGCUUCGGUCGCGACAAGUACGAGGCAUACCUCAAGGGUUUGAUCGCUACUGGUUUCAAGCUGCCCAACAAGAACAUUUUGUUCUCCAUUGGCUCAUUCAAGGACAAGCUCGAGAUGCUGCCUUCCAUUCAAAACCUCCACAAGAUGGGUUACAACCUGUUCGCUACUGCCGGUACUGCGGACUACAUUCAGGAGCACGGCCUUCCCGUCAAGUUCUUGGAAGUACUGCCUCCUGGUGAGCACGAUGAGCAGAAGUCGGAGUACUCUCUUACCCACGCUUUGGCAAACAACCUGAUCGAUCUCUACAUCAAUCUGCCCUCGAGCAACCGCUACCGUCGACCCGCCAACUACAUGUCCAGAGGUUACCGUACUCGUCGUAUGGCUGUCGACUACCAGACUCCUCUGGUGACUAACGUCAAGAACGCGAAGCUCCUCAUCGAGGCGAUUGCCCGUCACUAUGACCUCGCAAUCCAGUCGGUCGAUUUCCAGGAGUUCGUACCCGAGGCCGGUGCCCACGAUGACCACUACGGACAACUGUCUAAGAGCGGCUCUUUGUCUCUGCCUCAGUUGCUUGCCAAGUCUCCUUUCAAGCGCAAGCACAUCACGUCUGUCAAGCAGUUCAGCCGUGCCGACCUCCACUUGCUGUUCACCAUCGCUCAGGAGAUGCGUCUAGGAGCUCAGAAGCAGGGUUGCCUUGAUAUUCUCAAGGGUCGCGUUCUUUGCACGAUGUUCUUCGAGCCUUCGACGCGAACAUCUGCUUCAUUUGACGCAGCCAUGAAGCGCCUUGGCGGUGAGGUAGUUGUCAUCAAUGAGUCGGUCUCCUCUACUAAGAAGGGCGAGUCCAUUGCCGACACAAUCCGCACUCUGGGCUGCUACGGCGACGCCAUCGUCCUCCGUCAUCCCCAUGAGGACUCGAUCGACAUCGCUGCUAAGUUCUCUGGCGUACCCGUCAUCAACGCUGGCAACGGCAGUCGCGAGCACCCAACUCAGGCGCUGCUCGACAUCUUCACCAUCCGUGAAGAGCUCGGGUCCGUCAAUGGUCUCACCAUCACCUUCGUGGGCGACCUCAAGUACGGCCGUACGGUGCACUCGCUUUGCGAGCUGUUGUCCCACUACGACUGCCAGGUCAACUUGGUGGCGCCGAAGUCUCUCAACAUGCCAAGCUCUGUCCGCGAGGCUCUCAAAUCUCGUGGCCAGCUGAACAUCGUCUCAAACGAGCUUACUCCGGAGAUCGUCGCUGCUUCUGAUGUUCUAUACUGCACCCGUGUGCAGAAGGAGCGCUUCCCUGACGAGGCUAGCUACGAGCAGGUCAAGGACUCCUUCGUCAUUGACAACAAGGUGCUGAAGCAGGCAAAGACGAACAUGAUCGUCAUGCACCCAUUGCCAAGGAACAACGAGAUUCACGAGGAGGUGGACUUCGACCCCAGGGCGGCAUACUUCAGACAGAUGAGGUACGGAUUGUACACUCGCAUGGCGCUGCUUGCUAUGGUCAUGGCCCCGUAA